AUGGCGUAUGCGCACUAUCAGUCCAAUGGGGACAACUGGGGCACUUCACAGUUCAAGUUCGGGGCACCACCCCCGCCGGCGUUCGAGCCCGAAGCAUCAUGGGACGGCACGAGGUACUUUCAAGCCCACUCAUUCUACAGCGAUCCCAAUUUCUACAACUCCGUCGUCGGGCGUAUGUCGAUGGCCGCUGGCAUUGGCUUCAACGAGGCGCGCCAUUGGCAUCGUCGUAUCUAUGGUGGACUGGUAAACCUUGCGCAGGUCCUCCCUGCCGAUAUCGGUGCUGCCGCCGCAUAUGAGGCAUACCGCAUCUGGAAAUAUCACCAGAAUAUAGUGUAUCAGCCGCUGAACAAUGACCCGGAGAGACAACGCGAAGCCCUAGUUGCUAUGGCCAUAGCAGAAUCGACACAGCUCUGGCAAUAUACUGGCCGUGCGCUGGACGCGUAUGGAAGACAAGAUGCCGCCGAGGCCGCUGCGGGGACCGCGCAGAGAAUUGCGCGUAGAGUCUUGUUUAUGGAGACUGCAGGGGCCGGAGCAGGUGGUAUGGGGAUGGGGGCCGGGAUGGGUGCAGGUGAUAUGGGAAUGGGCGCUGGGAUGGGCGCAGGUGGUAUGGGAAUGGGUGCAGGCGGCAUGGGAAUGGGCGCUGGGAUGGGUGCAGGUGUUGGCGCAGGCGGAAUGAGCCCUGGGAUGGGAACAGGCAUCGGAGGCGGUGGGAUGGGCGGCGGCCUCGGUGGGGGCAGUAUCAACCCAAUCGACUAUGCCAAUGGUGGCAUAAAUACCCUCAAUUAUGCUGGCAGAGCAGGCACUGGCGUCAUUGCACGCGACUAUGCGCGUCCCAGGGGGAUACGGCGCGUGUCAUCCGCAUCAUCAACUCUGUCUGGGCUUGCGGCAGGUGGAGGAGGGAUAUCCCCCAUGUCGGCAGCUGGCACGCCAAUCCCCAGCCCACGCUUAGGAAUGGGAACAGGUAUUGGAAGUGGCGGAAUCGGCGCAGCACCCGGGAUGAAUGCAGGUAUGGGUAUGGGUGCCGCUGGAUAUCCUGCUGCUGGUACUGGCGCAUUGGGCGGGGUCGGCGGAGCUGGUACCAUCCCGCUCAACGCUAGCGUAUAUGGUGCGGGUGGCCUCGGUGGUGGAGUGGGCACUAGCGGUGUCAUGUCAGGUGGGACCGCGGGUACCAUGUAUGGCGGUAUACCGGGGACUACAGGAGGAGCAGUUGGUGCGCCUAUGGCUGGAUACGGAACACAGAUGGGAACAACAGGUAUGGGGGGAUACCCAGGAUAUAUGGGAUAUCAAGGAUACUCAGGAUAUACGGGCGGGUACCCCGGACAAGCCCAGGUCAUACCCCCUGGAUCGACGGUGCUCGUGCGCGAAAGACCCAGGCGGCGACAUCGCCACAGGGCCCACAGUGUGGACAGAUAUUAA